AUGGCCCUGGCAGAUGGUGAUCCGAUACGAUCCAUCAUUCGUGGGAGCAACGUGUGCUCGGACGGUCGCACUCCGGGAGUGACGUCGCCAUCGUGUGAGAUUCAGGCGAGGAUGAUUCAGAGGACGUACGAACUGGCAGGCUUAAACCCAAAUGAUACAGUUUAUGUUGAAGCGCAUGGAUCCGGUACCAUUCUCGGAGACAAGAUUGAGGCCACCGCUCUACAUGAGUCUCUUUGCACCGGAAGACAGAAGGAAAGCAAACUAUUCAUUGGAAGCGUCAAGACGAACGUCGGACAUACUGAGAGUGUGGCCGGAUUGGUUGGCCUGAUCAAGACCAUCUUGAUGCUCGAGAAGAAGAUGAUACCUCCCAAUGCGAUGUUCGCGAAGCCGAACAACGAUAUCCCGUUGCAAGAUUGGGGCCUGGAAGUGCCGCGGAGGAUGCUCAGGUGGCCCGAAGGGGCAGUUCGCCGUGCAUCGGUAAACAGCUUCGGGUACGGAGGAACAAACGCCCACGUCAUCCUAGAGGCUACCGAUGGUUAUCUCGACGAUAAGAAACAAAUACUGGCACUAAAAUCUCGAGCUAACACUGGAGAGCCUAUGACCUUCGGCUCUUCAUCAACGACAAACGCUCGGAGAGCUCGUCUCUUUGCCUUCUCCCACCAUCACGAAGGGGGCGUCGCAACACUGGCCGCCAACACUAAACGCUUUAUUCUGGACACCUUGGAUGAUACAAAUAGGGCUCUGGACAGCCUCGCUCACACACUAUCAGAUAGACGAUCGUCCCUCAAGUUCCGCUUUUGUGUCGCAGCAUCCACUCGUGACGAGCUUGUGGAUAGCCUCGCGCAAGUAGCGACGGGCUCCGACCGGGCGAUGAAAUCCGCCGGUGACCUGAGGAUAUGCUUCGUCUUCACAGGUCAGGGCGCUCAAUGGCCAGGCAUGGGUUGCGAGUUGCUCGCCACAUACCCCGUCUUUGCCGAGUCGAUGAGGCAAUCAGAGGAGUAUCUUGCCAGCCUCGGGACCGACUGGCGUCUUGUCAGCGAACUGGAGAGACCCAAAGAGAGUUCUCGUCUCCACGAAGCGAGCUUGGCUCAGCCUUGUUGCACGGCUGUCCAGCUUGCUCUUGUUGAUCUGCUCAAGUCGUGGGGCAUUCGUCCUGCCAUUGUGUGCGGGCACUCUAGCGGGGAAAUCACCGCGGCGUACGCUGCGGGCAUACUUUCUGCUAAAGACUGUUUGAAGAUUGCAUAUUUUCGUGGACACUCAAUGAAGCUGUUCAAGUCGCAGAAUCCAGACAUUCGCGGGGGUAUGCUCGCCGUCGGGCUCUCGGCAAGCGAAGCCAGAGAAUACAUUGAUGGGGAUGCCAAUUCUGGCAAGGUUGUGAUAGCUUGCGUCAACAGUCCGUCAAGUGUCACUCUGUCGGGAGACGAGGCAGCGUUGAACAACGUUCAAAAGAGACUUGCUGUAGGAGGAGUCUUCCACCGCAAGUUGGCCGUGGACAUGGCCUAUCACUCUCAUCAUAUGGAAAUGAUUCUCCAAGAAUAUCUGCACGCCAUACGGGACAUCAAAGCCUCUCUGCGCGAGCAGCAUGUUCAGAUGGUAUCUUCCGUCACGGGCACGGCUGUCCAAGGCGAAGAGCUCAAUGCGGCCUACUGGGGCACAAAUCUGACGUCUCCUGUCCUCUUCAAUGAUGCCCUUGCGCAAGUCCUUCGCACAACGCAAGACCACAAACAAAGCACCCCACUCGCGGUUAUCGAAAUUGGCCCUCAUUCUGCGCUUGCAGGUCCGAUCAAGCAGAUUGUCAAAGCUUCGACGCCGUCGGGACCAACCACCUAUCACUCAGUUCUCUACCGAUAUCAGGAUGCCAGCACGACCGCCUUGGGUCUCGCUCGAGACCUUUUUGUCAAGGGGGCUUCCAUAAAAUUCCGCCGAGUGAACGACCCUCAUGGCAAGGCAAAGAAGGACGUCUUGACGAACCUGCCAACAUACAACUGGCACCACAAAACAGCUCACUGGAGUGAGUCCCGCCGCAGCGCACAAUAUCGACACAGAAAAUUCCCCAAGCACGAUCUCUUCGGGGUAGCCAGCAUCGACAGUAUCCCUAGUGAGCCUACCUGGCGUAACUAUCUUCGUCUCGAGGACUUCCCUUGGCUCAAUGGGCACCGCAUUGGAGGUCAAGUCGUCUUCCCUGGUGCUGGCUUUAUUGCUAUGGUCUUGGAAGCGUUGAAGCAACAGGUUCUCAGUGAAAACAACACCUGGAAGAACAUGUGUAUCAAAUUUCGUCAAGUUCACUUCGGCCGCGCCCUGCUCAUUCCCGGUGAUUCUGUCGGCGUGGAGACGUUUGUCACCAUCCGACCUUAUACAUAUACGGCACGAGAAUCAUCGGCUUCCUGGAAAGAAUUUCGAGUUUUCUCGGUCUCUGCCAGCGGGGAAUCAACAGAACAUAGUCGGGGCCUUGUAACAGCUCUGCAACCUCCGCCCAAUGAACAAAGGGAUGAGACUGACUCUGAAUCUGUUCGGUUCGUCGAGGAAGCUGUCAAGAACAGUCGCGUCCUGAUUACCGCAAAACGGCUUUAUACAGAGCUCAGAGGCGUAGGAGUGGAUUACACGGGUUUGUUCGAAAGCCAAGAAGACAUUCGAGCUUCCGAGUCCUCAUCAGUCCGUCAGAUCAAGGUCCCAGAUGUUCAGGCCGUUAUGCCGUCACAACACCAUCAACCUCAUUGCAUUCACCCGGCAACGUUGGACCUCUGCAUUCAAGCAGUCUUCGCAGCCCUGAAAGUCGGUGGCCAUCUUCGCGGUGCCUUCGUUCUAAGCGGAAUUGAUGACCUUGAAAUUUCGAGCGAACUUCCAUCCCAACCCGGGAAGAGCAUGUCAGUCGCGAUGUGUCUCUCGGAUCACGGAGUCUCCAAAUACUCAGCAGAUAUAGUCGUCUCGAGCUCCGAGAAUGCGACAAUGGAGGUCUUUAUGAAGAUGCGGGGGGUCCGCUUGACGAGGACGAGUGGACCUCAUCAACAGGAUAACCUGCGGAAUCCUGCUGGACAGUCACCUUGCCAUCGACUGGAGUGGUUCCCUGAUGUGGCUUGCACUGAGCCUCGGAAAAUUAUCGAGCUUUGCGCUGCAGACUCUCCCAAUGCAUUGGAAGUAGGAAGGCUGGCUCUGUAUGACCGUUUUGCCAGGGCUGUUAUUCAGCAAACACUACAGGAGAUCUCUCCUGUCGAAGCAAACAUCACCGGUCCACCUUCUCAUUUGCUUCGAUGGAUGAAGCAGAUGGGUGCUGGAAGCCACGAGCCACUUCAGAUCGACGACAUGUUUCAAGACAAGAUCAGGUCUUUGGGAACCUUUGGUGAGGUCUUGGUCGAUACUGCACCUCACCUGCCAAGUGUGCUCCGCGGCGAAGUUGAUCCCUUGGCACUUCUUCUUCAGAAGGACCGUCUGCACCAGCUUAACAGAUGCGAACACGUCGACAGAUGCCAUAAGCGGAUGGCCAAAUACGUCAAACUUUUGCAAUUCAAAAACCCAAAUCUUCGCAUCCUUGAGAUUGGGGCUGGAACCGCAGCCACGUCGGUCGCGAUUUUGGAAUCUCUCUACAACGAUGAGGUUGCCAUAGAGCAGAGCAGGCCGCAGUCUUACACGUUCACGGACACAUCGACGGAUCUCUUUGAGAGCGCGGCAGAGAAGUUGCACAAGUUUCGAGGGACUGUCGAGUUCAAGAGGCUUGACAUCGAAGCAUCACCAGAACAGCAGGGGUUUGAAGAAGCGUCAUACGACUUGGUUAUUGCCUCAAAUGUCCUACAUGCGACUUCUCAACUCGCCAGCACGCUGAGAAACGUAAAGAACCUGCUCAAGCCAAAUGGCCAGCUUGCUCUUUUAGAAAUGACGGUUCCAAAAGCCCACCUCGGAAUCAUAUGGGGCAUGGUCCCUGCAUGGUGGUAUAGAGUCAACGACGGUCGGGUAGACUCGCCUCUUCAUGUUCUCAGUCCAUCCGAUUGGAGUGAUAUUCUCAGCCGCUGCGGCUUCUCUGGCAUCGAUCUCGAGAUGCCCGACUACGACUCCGCCGAGGACCACUCCCUAAGCGUCAUGAUCUCUUCCGCAACUGGCCACGUGGAGCCGCCUUGUCUGGGUGCGCAAACCAUGACGAGAAACACGUCUAGCGCGUCGGAGCUUUCUGCUUCCAACGCUGCUUCUGCCAGCCUCGAGUCACACUCAACAAACCUGACGGACCCGGAGGGCGACCUUCCACAGACCGUAUUGGUCAUUGGUGGCAGCGAUGGGCACAACAUUGCAGACAACGUAGUCGACGUGCUGGCCUCGGUCAAGUUUGGUGUAAACGUCAAGAAGUGCCCGUUGGCUGACGCAGAGGUUCUCGAUGGCCAACUUGCCGUGGUCCUGCUAGAAGCGGUAAACCCAUUCCUGGCGACGUGCUCCAAGAGCGAGUGGGAGAAGAUUCGACACAUACUGUGCAAUGCUGGCGGCGUCUUGUGGGUUAGCUGUGGUGGUGCGAUCCAGGCCGCAAAUCCUCUGCACUCGCUCAUCGUUGGCCUGACGCGCUGCGCCCGAUCUGAAAAUCAGGCCAGCAGCGUCGUCACACUGGACCUCGAGCCAAAUCACGAAUCAGGACUCGAAGUCGCCAAGCAAGUUGUUCGAAUAUUCGACCAUGCGUUCGGUCUUUCUGUGGAACGAGCAUCUCCACUGUUGGAGUUCGAAUACGCGAUCAGAGAGGGCGAGAUCCUGAUUCCCCGCUUGAUCCGGGACAGGCAAACAGAUGAAUACGUCAAAGACAGCUUGUCGACAUACCACCCUCGCAAUGAAAAGGCAAUCAAACCAAGCCGUGCUUUGGGCCUCAAGAUCCACGAACCUGGACUGCUCGACACGUUCUUCUGGGCCGACUCGCAGCGACACACGAGACGACUCGAAGCAGAAGAGGUGCGGGUAGAGCUCCAAUACGUCUCGCUGAACUUCAAGGACAUAAUGAUAGCCAUGGGCGAGCUCGAUGGACAUACCGCUUUGUUGCUAGAGGGUAGCGGAAAGGUUAUCGAAGUUGGCGAGCAACUCCGCCAUCAGUACGCUAUUGGCGAUUUGGUCUAUGUCUCUGAUCAAGGCGGUCUCGCAACCAGCAGCGUCAUCAGCAAGUGGAAUGUUCACCAUAUACCCAAGACGCUGCCGAUGAAAGUCGCCACUGCUGUUCCCAUGGCGUACGCAACAGCGUUGUACUCGCUAAGGACUGCUGCCAAUCUACAAGAGGGCGAGUCCAUCCUGAUUCAUUGCGGAGCAGGAGCGGUUGGACAAGCCACCAUUGCCUUGGCACAGUAUCUUAAAGCCGGCGCGAUAUACGUCACGGUUGGCAGCGAGGAGAAACGAGCACUUGUGAGAGAUAAUUACCAGAUUCCCGACGAGAACAUCUUCUCCAGCCGGGGACUCGAUUUCAGUCGUCAGAUCCUUCGCAGGACCAACGGACACGGUGUUGACGUGGUCCUCAACUCACUGAGCGGUGAAGCCUUGCAAAAGAGUUGCUCGCUUCUGAGGCCGUUUGGACGGUUUGUCGAGAUCGGCAAGAAGGAUUUGAUAUCCAACGCGAGACUCGAAAUGGGGUUCUUAGAGAAGAACAUCACGUUUGCCGCGGUUGACUUGGCUCUACUUGCCAAGGCGAGGCCAGCCGUCUAUCAGCAACUCUUUCACACCGUAUUCAAUCUCACCAGUCAAGACAACGUAAAGGUUCUGAGUCCAAUAGCAGUCAGUCCCGUCUCAGAGUUGGAGAGUUCUUUCAGAUUGAUGCAGGCUGGGAAGCACGUCGGGAAACUUCUGCUUGAGCUGGGAUCGGAUAUGACUAUACCUGUCCAACCCCAACAGCCACCUGCUCCGAAGCUGCGAGCAGAUUCUUCCUACCUGAUAGUUGGGGGAGCUGGCGGCCUAGGUCGGGCAGCUAUCAAGCAUUUUGCGAGUCUCGGAGCUAAGCACAUCAUCACCCUGUCUCGAUCUGGCUCUGAUAGCCAGGUCAUGCGAGAACUGAUAGAAGAGAUGAGGGCGAUUGGAGUUACCGUCAACGCCUGGAAGGGAAGUGUUACGGACGCUUCCAUUUUUGACUCUAUCAAAGAGCAUGCCAAGGCAUUUCCGAUCAGAGGCGUCGUCCAGGGAGCAAUGGUGCUCCAGGACUGUCGUCUGGACAACAUGACCUACGAGCAGUGGCGAGCCGCAAUGUCUCCAAAGGUCACGGGAUCGUUGCAUUUGCAUGAAGCGUUCGGAAACACUCUGGAUUUCUUUAUCCUCCUUUCCAGUGCUGCGGGUAUCGUUGGCUCCUAUGGUCAAGGCAACUAUUCGGCCGGAAAUACCUUCCAAGAUUCUCUCGCACGCCACCGAGCAUCCCUCGGCCUGCCGGUCCGGUCCAUCGAUGUUGGCGCCGUGGCGGAAGAAGGUUAUUCGGCAGAGAACCCGGCUGCCGCGGAAUUUGUCGUUCGCCAAGGGUUGCGACUAUACCAGGUCAAGGAGUUCCUCGCAACCAUCAACGAGGCGAUCCGGAAUCCGCUGCCGUCCCACUACUCGGCGGCACAAUUGAUCUGCGGCGUCACUAGAGCCGAUCCGACUUCUCAGGAUCAAGCAGCAUCCAUACAACGUCCAGACCUCAAGUUCUCGCACAUGUGGGCGACGCCGAAUCAACAGGGAACCGCAAAGUGCGAAUCGAAACAGCAGGACAUACAGGCGAUUUUAAGAUCAGCAACGGCGGCGGCCGAGGUCGAGGAAGCAACGCAAGCAGCGAUACUAGCGAAGCUCUCUAGUCUGCUUGCUUUGCCCGUGGAAGAUAUCAGCACAGAUCGGUCCAUGGCGAGCUACGGAAUGGACUCCCUCGUUGCGGUGGAACUUCGCAACUGGAUCCUGGCACAACUCGAGUCCCACAUCCAGAUGUUUGAACUGAUGAGUUCCAUAACUUUCGCUGAACUAUCGAACACCAUUGCCAGGAGGUCUCGACUGGCGAUGGCCGGUCUCUUCACCGAUGACAAAUAG